AUGUACGACCCCAACUUUGAUUGGGAUGAAGCAGAGAAUCUCAUGGAAUCUGGAGGAUCACAGGCGACAGCUGUGCAGGAUGCUGGGGCAGUGGACCGGCCGGGUGGUUUGGAGCCCUGCAAGCAGCUGUUGCAAUGGCAAGCGCACGACGCACAGGUGAAUCAGAUUCGAAGGAGUGGUGCAGAUGUGUUCACUGGAUGUUGGGAUUCCGCUUCUCUGCGCCUCUGGAGAUCUUCAGAUUUCUGGACCGCACCACCUGAACCUCGUCCGCAGCUGGAAGUUCAAGUGGGUGGCUUCUUGAACGAUUUUGCAGAGAUUGCGGAGCAUCAGCUGCUGGUGGCGGUGUCAGCAGGUCUUAUUCCGACCCCUGGCGAGGCCUUGAAACUCUACGAUUUCAGGGGUCAGCUGGGCCAAGGGACCGCCACUGGUGACGGCCCGAAGACUCCAUCAGUCGGAAGCGUGCAGCGUUUUGAGUUCCAUACCCGUGGCUGUCGUGCCCUCGGGUUGUGGCGCAGGUCGCUUGAGGAGUGGCCACAGUGGGUGGGGUCGAUCUCCAAGGACUCCUUGGUCCUUUGCCACAGCUCUCAGGUGUCAAGCGGGUCAUCUUUGGAGAAACGUCACCUGGUUCCAAAUCCCCAUGGAUUGAAAGAGGUCACCUCCCUAUGUUGGGGAGAUGAAGAUGUUCUCUACAGCGGUGGCACGGAUGGUACAGUGAAGGCCUGGAAGGUGUGUGAAAGCUCCUGCGAGCCGCUGUGGUCUACCUCUGUGGCUGCUGGAUCCUGGGUCCGAAAGAUGGUGGUAGCCGCAGACUCCGAGGUCGGCCAUGGCUCUGGAUGUUUGGUGGUCGGCCAUUCUGAGGGUGUUGCGUGGCUGGAUCCGCGGCUGCGGGAAAAGGUGAUAGGAAAGCUGGAGGGAUAUGGUCAGGCGCAUGCGGCCUGUGUGGUGGGCGCCCAAAGAUUGGUGCUUGCCUUGGGGCGACAGUUGGCUGUCCUGGAUUUACGUUUGGGGCAUGAAGUGUUGGCCGAUGACUUCCAGGCCACCAUUGUGUCGUUGGAGGUUCUUUCUCAGUUGCCUGGCCGGAUAAAUCUGCUGGCCGGGUUGAAGGACGGCAUGGUCCAAGUUGUGGACGUAGCGACCACGAUGCAUUUGAAGUGA